AUGCGUAGGGUGUGGGCGCUUGUUUCGAUCCUCCCACAAUGCCUCAGCGCUCCAACCGCAAGACCGGUCUUGCUUGCGGUGUCGUUACCAGCCGCCAACAGGACUGUGAACCAACACAUCGUUAUUUCUGUGCUGUCAUCCGAUCCGGCAUCAAACCCCUCACCGACGCUAUCCUCACUACCCAGCAACUCUAUUGCUCUUGAAUUGUCAAAUGCAAACUACUCACUGUCUCUUCCCGAGAAUUCUACAGUCAGCCUCCACUUCCAUGUUCCUGACACACUGAUCAAUUUGACGUUCACAUUUCCUGGCCGCCCACUCAGCUUUAUAACCAUGGUUGAGGCCGUGAAACUCGCCAUCGAUGAGAUUGCGACGAAUGUGGGUCUCCGUCCGACAGAGUCUAUCACGCACGGCUUUUUCCGGCAGCGUCGCGAUAAGUUGGAGAUUAAUAUUCACCAGUAUGGUGCAAAGCAAGUAACUUGGUCUUUGUUGGAGCAGCUUCUCUUGGGUAUACAGUACUUCAUGUCACAACUCGGGACGCUGUGCGAAAUGCGGUUUCAGAUUGACGUUCAGAGUAAGGGCAGGGUAGGCCACGGAUCGCUGUGGUAUACAGGUCUUCAAAGCAAUGAUGUUGUAAAACGAGCUGUCAACGAGACUUCCGAGCAGCUACCGAUGUUGAGCAUCUCGAAGCCGGCGCUGACCAACUGGAAUGGUUCCAUGCUCUCACAUAUCCCGGACGAGAGAAGCAUUGUCUUCUCGUACCAUUUCUUCGGCCCAACCAUUCCCGAAUCCACAAUAUCCAUGUGCUUGAGACUCGCACGACAGAGCAUACGUACUAACGUCCAACUUCAUCCACACGAUGGUCUCCCUGACGGCUUGUUCCAGUAUCGUGCGUGCGGCGGCGAUGUCUCAAUCGGUAUCAAGGCCUAUGCCGACAACGCCAUCUCUUGGCUCCUCCUGGACCAAAUCCUCCAUGACAUCAGCCGCGAUUUGAUCGGUGCGCAUCAUCUGUUGGCGUGUGAGUUUGAAUUCGAAAUCUAUCCCUUCGAGCGACCACACGGCCACGGGUCCUUGCAGUAUGAUCCCACAACCAUCCUUCCUGCAAUCCCGUCCCAUAUCGCGGCCUCUGCUGUCAAAAGGACUUUCCCUCAGCUUCGCUACGCGAACGCCACUUUGAACAGCCCGCCGCACGCGAGGACCUCCCUGCCGAACCCGACCCACACCUGGGCUGUGGUUCUCCCCGUCCCUGGCACCCCCAUCACUCUCCUCGUCAACAGCCUCGGAAACCCCCUCCCCCUCUGGGACGUCGCCAGCACCCUCAGCGGCGCCCGUAACGAAGUUCUCAGCGCUCACGGCACUUACGCGAACCUUCCGAUCAACAACGGCCGUUUCCAGUACAGUCAUGCAGGCUCCAGCGUCUGGGUGCGGGUCGUCGCGAAAUCCGAGCAGAUUGUUACGUGGCAAGACUUGAACGAUGUGUUGAAGGGGCUUUUUGAGUUUCUGUGCACGGGGAAGAAGGCGAGGAGUAGGUGGUUGCUGUUUGAGAUUUUCAGGGAUGGGAGGGGCAUCGUGGGGGAUGGAUUGGUGUCUGGGCAUAGGCCGGGAGUGGGUGUGAGUGAUGCGGGAUGA